AGGAGGCGGCGGGCCGGGAGGCCGGCGACGGUGCGCGGUGGUCCUGGUGCAUCCCGCAGGGGGACAUGGCGUCCUACGUGGAUAACAGCUUCCGCCAGGCGGUGAUGAAGAACCCGGCCGAGAGGACCCCCCAGGACCUGGAAAUAGUCUAUUCCUAUCUUCAUGGCAUGGAAGCAUUAUCAAAUCUGCGGGAGCAUCAGCUUAGGUUAAUGUGUGAAACCGUGAGAUAUGAAAGACAUGAAGCGAACGAAGUCUUAUACUACCCUGAUGACAUCGGGACCUGCUGGUACAUCCUCCUGUCGGGGUCCGUGUUCAUUAAGGAAUCCAUGUUCCUUCCCAGAAGCAGUUUUGGCAAGCGUUCUGCAGGAAGCUUUAGGCGUGGUUGUGAAUGCAUUGUCCUAGAGCCUUCUGAAAUGAUUGUGGUGGAUUAUAUGGAUGAAAAUGAAGAGUAUUUUCAGCGUCAAGCUUCUCAUAGGCAGUCUCGAAGAAGAUUUAGAAAAAUCAACCAAAAAGGUGAAAGGCAGACAAUUAUUGAUACUGUGGAUCCUUACCCUGUGGGCAAGCCACCCUUGCCUCGAGGCUAUCAUACGGAAUGCACUAAACCUCAGCUCCCUGCGGACUUUACAAAGCUCCACCUUGCGGACAGUCUCCACCCUCAGGUGACCCACGUGUCCUCCAGCCACUCAGGAUGUAGCAUCACCAGUGACUCUGGGAGCAGCAGCCUGUCUGAUAUUUACCAGGCCACAGAGAGUGAGGCUGGUGACAUGGACCUGAGUGGACUGCCAGAAACGGCAGUUGAUUCUGAGGAUGAUGAUGAUGAGGAAGAUAUUGAGAGGGCAUCGGACCCUCUGAUGAGCAGGGACAUCGUGAGGGACUGCCUGGAGAAGGACCCUAUCGACAGGACCGAUGAUGACAUUGAACAACUCUUGGAGUUCAUGCACCAGCUGCCAGCCUUUGCCAACAUGACGAUGUCAGUGAGGCGGGAGCUGUGUGCCGUCAUGGUGUUCGCGGUGGUGGAGAGAGCCGGCACCGUGGUGCUCAAUGACGGCGAAGAGCUGGACUCCUGGUCAGUGAUUCUCAAUGGUUCUGUGGAAGUGAUGUAUGCAGAUGGGAAAGCUGAGAUACUGUGUAUGGGGAACAGUUUUGGUGUGUCUCCCUCCUUGGACAAAGAGCACAUGAAGGGCGUGAUGAGGACGAAAGUGGACGACUGCCAGUUUGUCUGCAUUGCCCAGCAAGAUUACUGCCGCAUACUGAACCAAGUAGAGAAGAACAUGCAGAAGGUUGAAGAGGAAGGAGAGAUUGUCAUGGUGAAGGAGCACCGAGAACUCGAUCGGACUGGAACAAGGAAGGGCCACAUCGUCAUCAAGGGUACCUCAGAAAGGCUAACCAUGCAUUUGGUGGAAGAGCAUUCUGUAGUAGACCCAACGUUCAUAGAAGACUUCCUACUCACCUACCGGACAUUCCUUUCUAGCCCGAUGGAAGUGGGCAAAAAGUUAUUGGAGUGGUUUGAUGACCCGAGCCUCAGGGACAAGGUGACACGGGUAGUAUUACUGUGGGUGAAUAAUCACUUCAAUGACUUUGAAGGAGACCCUGCUAUGACUCGUUUUCUGGAGGAAUUUGAAAAUAAUUUGGAAAGAGAGAAAAUGGGUGGACAUCUGAGGCUGUUGAAUAUUGCGUGUGCAGCCAAGGCAAAGAGAAGACUGGCGACGCUGACAAAGCCCUCCAGAGAAGCUCCUCUACCCUUCAUCCUCCUGGGGGGCUCCGAGAAGGGCUUUGGAAUCUUCGUGGACAGCGUGGACUCAGGCAGCAAGGCACCAGAAGCUGGCUUGAAGCGCGGGGACCAGAUAUUAGAGGUAAAUGGUCAAAACUUUGAAAAUAUCCAGCUUUCAAAGGCCAUGGAAAUUCUUCGAAAUAACACACAUCUGUCUAUCACUGUGAAGACCAAUUUAUUUGUAUUUAAAGAACUUCUAACAAGAUUGUCUGAAGAGAAAAGAAAUGGUGCCCCUCACCUUCCUAAAAUUGGGGAUAUCAAAAAGGCCAGUCGCUACUCGAUUCCGGAUCUCGCUGUCGAUGUGGAACAGGUGAUAGGACUUGAAAAAGUAAAUAAAAAAAGUAAAGCCAACACUGUGGGAGGAAGAAACAAGCUAAAAAAGAUACUGGAUAAGACUCGGAUCAGUAUCUUACCUCAGAAACCAUACAAUGAUAUUGGGAUUGGUCAGUCUCAAGAUGACAGCAUCGUAGGACUGAGGCAGACAAAGCACGUGCCGGCCGCCCUGCCGGUCAGUGGAACGCUGUCGUCCAGCAACCCUGACUUGCUGCAGCCACACCACCGCAUCCUGGAUUUCAGCACGACUCCUGACUUGCCAGAUCAGGUACUAAGGGUUUUCAAGGCUGACCAGCAAAGUCGGUACAUCAUGAUCAGUAAGGAUACCACGGCCAAGGAGGUGGUCAUCCAGGCCAUCAGGGAGUUUGCCGUUACUGCCACGCCGGACCAGUAUUCUCUGUGUGAGGUUUCCGUCACGCCAGAGGGGGUCAUCAAGCAGAGAAGGCUUCCCGAUCAGCUUUCCAAACUGGCUGAUCGGAUACAGCUGAGUGGAAGGUAUUACCUGAAAAACAACAUGGAGACUGAGACGCUUUGCUCAGAUGAGGAUGCCCAGGAGUUGUUGCGAGAGAGCCAGAUCUCUCUCCUUCAGCUCAGCACUGUGGAAGUCGCCACGCAGCUUUCCAUGCGGAAUUUCGAACUCUUCCGCAACAUUGAACCUACGGAGUACAUCGAUGAUUUAUUUAAACUCAAGUCAAAGACCAGCUGUGCCAACCUGAAGAAAUUUGAGGACGUCAUCAACCAGGAAACAUUUUGGGUAGCGUCCGAAAUCCUACGAGAGACCAACCAGCUGAAGAGGAUGAAGAUCAUCAAACACUUCAUCAAGAUUGCUCUGCACUGCAGGGAGUGCAAGAACUUCAACUCCAUGUUUGCAAUCAUCAGUGGCCUAAACUUGGCUCCAGUGGCAAGACUUCGAACCACCUGGGAAAAACUUCCCAAUAAAUAUGAAAAGCUUUUCCAGGACCUACAAGACCUGUUCGAUCCUUCCAGAAAUAUGGCAAAAUACCGCAACGUCCUCAGUGGGCAGAACCUGCAGCCUCCGGUCAUCCCCCUGUUCCCUGUCAUAAAGAAGGACCUCACAUUCCUGCAUGAAGGAAAUGACUCCAAAGUCGAUGGGCUCGUCAACUUUGAGAAGCUGAGGAUGAUCGCGAAGGAGAUCCGUCACGUUGGCCGCAUGGCUUCAGUCAACAUGGACCCUGCCCUUCUGUUCAGGACCCGGAAGAAGAAGUGGCGGAGUCUGGGGUCCCUCAGCCAGGGCAGUGCGAAUGCCACUGUGCUAGAUGUGGCUCAGACAGGUGGCCAUAAAAAGCGGGUACGCCGUAGUUCCUUUCUCAAUGCCAAAAAGCUUUAUGAAGAUGCCCAGAUGGCCCGCAAAGUGAAGCAGUACCUGUCCAGUCUGGAGCUGGAGAUGGACGAGGAGAGUCUGCAGGCCCUGUCGCUGCAGUGCGAGCCGGCCACCAGCACACUGCCUAAGAAUCCUGGUGACAAAAAGCCUGUCAAGUCUGAGACCUCCCCAGUGGCUCCGCGGGCUGGGUCACAGCAGAAGGCGCAGCCGCAGCAGCCGCAUAAAGCCAGCCCAGCUCUGCAGGUCCCCGCUGUACCCCUGCACCCUUCCCGGAAGAAGGUCCCGGUGAAAGACCUCCCCCCUUUCGGAAUAAACUCACCACAAGCUUUAAAGAAAAUCCUUUCACUCUCUGAAGAAGGGAGUUUAGAGCGUCACAAGAAACCAUCAGAAGAUGCGAUAUCAACUGCAUCUUCACAGCUGUCGUCUCCGCCCACUUCUCCUCAGAGCUCUCCCAGGAAAGGCUACACUCUAGCUCCCAGUGGUACUGUGGAUAAUUUUUCGGAUUCUGGUCACAGUGAAAUUUCUUCACGAUCCAGCAUUGUCAGCAAUUCUUCUUUCGACUCGGUGCCAGUCUCGCUGCAUGAUGACCGGCGCCAGAGGCAUUCGGUCAGCAUUGUGGAGACCAACCUAGGUGUGGGCAGGAUGGACCGGCGGACCCUGAUUGAGCCCGAUCAGUACAGCUUAGGGCCCUAUGCCCCAGUGUCUGAGAGCCGAGGACUCUACGCUGCUGCUACAGUCAUCUCUUCUCCCAGCACAGAGGAGCUUUCCCAUGACCAGGGGGACCGCGCCUCGCUGGACGCCGCCGACAGCGGGCGCGGAAGCUGGACCUCAUGCUCGAGCGGCUCCCACGAUAACAUUCAGACCAUCCAGCACCAGAGGAGCUGGGAGACACUGCCGUUUGGGCACACUCACUUUGACUAUUCAGGGGAUCCCACAGGUAUAUGGGCCUCCAGUAGCCAUAUGGACCAAAUCAUGUUCUCUGAUCAUAGCACACAGUAUAGCAGGCAGCAUCCAAGUAGAGAGAGUCUGGACCAGGCCCAAUCGCGGGCGAGCUGGGCGUCUUCCACGGGCUACUGGGGAGAAGACUCAGAAGGUGACACGGGCACAAUCAAGCGGAGGGGUGGCAAGGAUGUCUCCAUUGAGGCAGAAAACAGCAGCAUGGCACCUGUGACCACUGAGGAAACCAAACCUGUCCCCAUGCCUGCCCACAUAGCCGUGACGGCGAGCACCACAAAGGGGCUCCUUGCACGGAAGGAGGGCAGGUACCGGGAGCCCCCGCCCACCCCACCAGGGUACGUUGGCAUCCCCAUCACCGACUUCCCCGAGGGGCAUGCGCACCCAGCCAGGAAGCCCCCGGACUACAAUGUGGCUCUGCAGAGAUCCCGCAUGGUGGCGCGCUCCGCGGAGGGGCCGGGGCCGUCCCCAUCCCCGGUGCAGGCACAGCCUGUGGCCCCCAGCAGGCCCGGCAGCAAGCCCCAGUGGCACAAGCCCAGCGAGUCCGACCCACGCCUGGCCGCCUACCAGCCUCAGGGCUUCUCCGCCGAGGAGGAAGAAGAUGAACAAGUGUCUGCUGUGUGAAGCUCGGCCUUCUUGACCCAGAGCGAGCCACGUGAAGGAGCCCACGGAGACGGCCUGACCAGUGGAGCCUUGGCACGCACAUCCUGAGGAUGCUGGACCAGUUUGCCUCCUUCCCUGCCUUAAAAGCAGCAUGGGGCCUCUUCUCCCCUUCUUCCUUCCCCCUUGCAUGUGAAAUACUGUGAAGAAAUUGCCCCGGCACUUUUCAGACUUUGUUGCUUGAAAUGCACAGGGCAGCAACCUCUGAGCUCCUGCCGUUGCUAACCUGUCACGCCACGCAGUAUCAUCGGAUUCCAGGAUCCCACGUGGCCACAGGCCAUCCCUCUGCCUGCCCUUCUCACUUCCUGGAAGGAGUGUCCAGCCUUCCUCUGAGACUUCAGUCCAGUCCUGGCUCACUCUCUGCCUCACAGGAGAAGAGAGAUCCAGCCAUGGAGCCACUUGGGGCCUUGAACCCACCAUGGAAGACAAAUAUUUUGAGUACAGUGCUUGUUCACGUGUUUACAAUAUUCUUUUUUUUAUAUAUAAAUGAGUUUAAAAGAUUAUGUUCAGAGAGUAAAUAUUAUAUCCACUUAAUGAUUACAGUAUUAUUUUGAACCUUUAGUAGCAUUGCCAGUCUGGGUUUCUAAAAAACCAAAUAUGCCGGACAGGGUGUGGCCACAGCAAGAAGGGAAGACCUGGCUUAUGGCCUUGUCUUCCGCGUACUUCUGGCCUCACCUGUGAAGUGCCCUAUCCCGGAAGCCGCAAAUGUUAGCCAAUCACUUGACUACCGAGACUCCUCGUCCCCUCCUCUCCCAGUGGGUGGGGCUCUCCUUAAAACUGUUUGCACAUGGCCAGGGAGGGCUCUAGGACCCUUGUGUUCCGUCGGAGCCUGGUGAAGGCAGGAUCUGUUGUUUGAGGGUGUAGUCCCACUCAGCUGAGAUGGAUGGCAACCCUUUUUUUUUUUUAAGUUAUGUUUGAAUUUUGUUCAUUUGGAGUUUUAGAGCUUUUUUUUUUUUUUAAGAGACGUGUAUAACUGGACAGCAUGGCAUGGAAGCAGCUUGGGAUGUUGGAGCUGACGCCAGCGGCAACACCGCUCUUUCAGAAUAGCUUCCAGGGACUGAGUCCUGGCACGCACGCAAGGACCACACGUGUGGUUAGCCAAGCCGGCCUUUCAAGGCAGGCCCGUCCCCAAGGGCUGACCUGCAAGUGGCUUCAUGAGGUCACACAUACAGAAGGCCUCGUGUAGUGACCAUCUGCUCACAGCUGCUAUGAACCCUAGAGUGACUGAAAGUGGCCCCACCACUCUAUCUUUUUUGCACAGACUCCGGAAAAGUGAAGGCUGCCAAUCCGAGUAAAACUCAUGUGAGGAACUGCUGGUCUGGGAUUUUUUUUCCAUUGAAUUCACUAAUCAUAUUGAUCAGUGGAUAAAUGUAAAUAGCUCCAAAUUUUUAAGUCGAAUUGCAGUGUUUUUUUCACUGUAUCAAACAUUAUCAGUGCUUUAUUUAAUAAUUCUACGUCAUGGCGUUUGUCUCCUUGCUUAUAUAUUACAUUGUCAGUUAUGCAUUUGUAAUUUUACAUGUAAUAUGCAUUAUUUGCCAGUUUUACUCUAUAGGCUAUGGACCUCAUGUGCAUAUAGAAAGAAAGCUAGCUCUACCACCAGUUGCACAAACGUUAUCUAACCAUUACGAAAGCGUAGAAAAUAGGACUGCUCGUCUCGGUUCACUCUGUGUUGUCGAGUGCAGAAUGUACCGUUAACUGGAGAUUUCCUCAUGCCUUUGAUACUACUUGUACCUGUAUGUCUUUUAGAAAGACAUUGGUGGAGUCUGUACCCUUUUGUAUUUUCAUACAAUAAUUGUACAUACUGGUUCUAUUUUUGUUGAAGACGUAGAAACGCACUAUGUUUAUGCUUCUACUCCCAGUCUGCACAGGCUGGGGAGUAAAUAAAUACAACAUAAAGCUGG